ACGGAAAGAGUAAAACACAGAGGAACAUAAUACAAACACACACCUGAGACAGGUAGAAGAACGGCAGAAGAUGGAGGCAGUGAAGAGAUGGAGGACAGACUGGAGGUAUCCUACUUCUCUGCUGUGCAUUUACGGAUUCUUCAGCACAGUUAAUCCCAUGGAGCCUUUCCUCAUCCCAUACAUGACAGGACCAGACAAGAAUCUGACAACAGAACAGGUUAGCAAUCAAAUUUUCCCAGUGUGGACGUACUCUUACCUAGUUGUGCUGGUGCCGGUGUUCCUGCUGACUGACUGGCUGCGUUACAAGCCUGUGGUGGUGUUCCAGAGUGUCUCCCUCUUCAUCACCACAGCGUUGCUACUCUGGCUGAAAAGUGUCCCAGCAAUGCAGGCCAUGCAGUUCGUCUACGGGAUGGUGACAGCCAGCGAGGUGGCCUACUUCUCCUACAUAUACAGUGUGGUGGAUCUGAAGAGGUACCGGAAGGCCACCUCUUACAGCCGCAGUGUCCAGCUCCUGGGGUACACAGUGGGCUCUGUGCUGGGCCAGCUGCUCGUCAGCUUCGACCUCAUGUCCUACAACAACAUCAUGGUGCUUACUCUAGUUCUUACCGCCAUCGCCGUCCUCGUGUCCUUCCUUCUGCCAAUGCCACAGCAGAGCAUGUUCUUUCACCGCAGACAUGCUGGACUGACAACUGCAACAGAAGGAAUAAAGAGGCAUGUAGAUUGGACUGGGGAUGCAACAGAACACACAAACAGGGCAAUGGAAGAAAUGGGAGAUGAGAAGGUAGAGAAAGAAACAGAGGAUGAAACAGGAGGAGUAGAACUGGAUGAGAAAGGGCCUAAGGCUGAGGACCUCGGGAAGUCGAUUGGCGCAGAGAGCUGCAGCCAAGUCAUCCUCCAGCUGUGGAGGGACUUCCGCCAUUGCUACUCCUCCAGACAGCUGCUCUACUGGUCAGUGUGGUGGGCAAUGGCCACCUGCGGCUAUAACCAGACUAUCAACUAUGUGCAGGUGCUGUGGGAGCAUGUGCAGCCUUCUCAGAACUUCAGCAUCUACAAUGGAGGCGUGGAGGCAGCGUCCAACCUGUUGAGUGCAGCUACGGCCUACGGUGUAGGCUACACUGAGGUGAGAUGGGAACCCUGGGGAGAGCUGGCCCUGGGGGGUUUCUCUGGACUCGGAGCAGCUGCACUCUUCCUCAUGACCUUCAUCAGCAACAUCUGGGUCUGCUACACUGGUUACGUCAUUUUCAAGAGCCUGUACAUGAUGCUGAUAACAAUAGCCAUGUUCCAGAUUGCAGCCGACCUGUCAAUGGAAAGAUAUGCACUGGUCUUUGGAGCAAACACCUUUGGAGCAUUGGUUCUGCAGACGAUCAUCACUGCUAUUGUGGUUGACAGCAGAGGACUGGGCCUGAGCAUCAUUCCUCAGUUCAUCAUAAACGCAAGCUACUUCUCACUCAUCGCUGUUGUUUUCUCACUUCGGGGACUGUUUACCAUUUGGAAAGCGCAGAGAAGCAACAAAGAGUCCACCCCUUCAGACAAAAAUGAACCUCCAGACUCUGACGAACACAGAUUCUGAUACUACCAGCUGAGAUUAUCACUUGUGCUUUUGGUUCCCGCUGUGUCCAUUAAAAACUUCAAAUUACC